AUGUCUGUUUCUCACAAGGAUUUGGCGUUGGCCAUUAUACAAUUUUUGGAAUCAAGUGUUUCCAACAAGACUGUCUCCGAGGAGUACGCUGAGUCCAUGGAUGUGGCCAUCGACUGUAUCGCCGAUGCCUUCGAGGUUGACAAGGCUGAAGCCUCUCUGGUUGCCUCCAAGUUAGGUGGAUUGUCUUUGCUCGAUGCUGUCAACAACAAGUCAGCUGGUUCCGCUCCCGUGAAGGAGGAGACCAUUGAGGUUGACGCCGAAACCAAGGCCAAGGCUGAUGCUGCUAAGGCUGAAGGUAACAAGGCCAUGGCUUCCAAGGACUUCGACACCGCCAUUGCCAAGUACACCGAGGCUAUUGCUUUGGACCCUACCAACGUGGUUUACUUGUCCAACAGAGCUGCUGCCUACUCUUCUGUUUCUCAACACGACAAUGCUGUCAAGGACGCUGAGGCUGCUGUCAAGUUGAACCCUGAAUUCUCCAAGGCCUACUCUAGAUUGGGUUUGGCGCAGUACGCUUUGGGUAACGCCAAGGCUUCGAUGGAGGCUUACAAGAAGGGUUUGGACGUCGAGGGUAGCACUCCAAGUGAUGCCAUGAAGAGAGGCUACGAGACGGCUAAGAAGAGAGUGGAGGCUGACUUGGAGAGCUCGAUUGCCACCAGUGAGCCUGAGAACAGCGAAAGAAGCGAACCUUCUGGCUCUGGUAGCGGAGCCGGCGCUGGUGCUGGCGGAAUGCCCGACCUCUCGUCGAUGUUCGGCGGUGGAGGCGGUAUGCCCAACUUGUCUGAAAUGAUGAACAACCCGCAGGUGAUGGAGGCUGCUCAGAACUUGAUGUCUAACCCUAAUGCCCUUGAAGGUUUGAUGGGCAACCCUGCUGUGCGUCAGAUGGCCCAAAACAUGGGUCUUGGAGGCGAGAACGGCGGAGGUAUGCCUAACUUGUCCGAGAUGAUGAACAACCCUAUGUUGCAGAACAUGGCCCGUAACUUUAUGGGUGGCCAGGGCGGCAACCAGGGUGGCAACCAGGGCCUGGGCAGCAGCGAGUAA